AUGACUUCAUAUUUACAAAAAUAUAUAGCCGCACUCUCAUCAGCUACAGAUUAUAUCUCUCAAUGGUCACCAAAUCAAGCGUUGGCUGAUGAAGAACAUAUUGUACCAUUUCCAACAUUAGCUAUCUUUGAUCGAAAUAAACAGAUUUGGUUAGUACAUGUUAAAGCUUGGAUUUAUUUACCGAUAGAAACAAAAACUUUAGCAGAUUAUCUUUCAUCAUUAUCAAGUCUUUUAAUUGGUAGUAAAAAUGAAGAAAACAUCGAUGUUGUUAAUUAUAACAAAAUAGAGAAUAGAAUAACUUUUCAUGAAAAUAAAAAUGAAAUAGUUAACCUACCUGAAUUAAAAACUAAUGUCAACAUUGAUAAAGAUCCGGAAAAUGCAACAGCUUCCACUGGUGAUAAUCAAGAAAACAAUAAAGAUGGCUAUAGCGAUUCAUAUCAUGAUUUGUACGAGCGAGCUUUUCAACAAGAAUUCGAUCAACUUGACGACAGUCCAAGUCGAUUAAGUUUAUUUUUCGUCGGAAAAUCCGGUAAAAUCGUAACUAAAUUAAUUAUUAAUGGUGUUGAACAUCUACUUCAACGAUCAGAUGAAAGCGGUUUUAUAGAACACUAUCUUGAACUUUCCAAUGAAGAAAUUCAAUCACUAUGUACAACAACUCAUAUUGAUUGUCAAGAUAGAAAAUUUGAUUAUAACAUAAAAGUUCAUGAAACAGCAAAAAAAUUCAAUACAAAAAAUGAUGACUAUAAAACAUUUCAAUGUACAAUUUAUGUUCUUGCUCCUCAUGGUGUUAGUAUCAUAUCAGAUAUUGAUGAUACAAUUAAAUUUACUAAUGCAAUUAAUAAAACAUUAUUAUUAAAACAUACAUUUUAUGAUUGUUUUGAACCGAUUACAGGUAUGAAUGAGCUCUAUCAAAAAUGGCAUGAACAAAAAUGUCAAUUUCAUUAUGUUAGUGCUAAUCCAUGGCAAUUAUAUCCUGCUCUUCGUUGUUUUCUGGCGAAAUAUAAUUUUCCAAUGGGAACGCUCAACCUAAGAAAGUUUGAUUGGAAUUUGAAAUUUUUCUAUACUAUCGGUACACAUAAGAUGAAAACUAUUUCAGAAAUUAUUAGUGCUUAUCCAUCGAGAAAAUAUAUUUUUGUUGGCGAUUCAGGUGAACUCGAUCCUGAGAUUUAUGCAAAAUUAUAUGCAAAUUAUUCGCAAUCAAUCGCUCAUAUAUAUAUUCGUGAUAUUUGUCAAACAUCUCCAUGUUUACCAAUAUGUGAAGAACGAUAUAGAAAAGCGUUUGAGUUUGUACCAAAACAUAUCUGGUCAAUAUUUAAACAUCCACAAGAAAUCGAUACUGAUAUAAACAAAUUAGUUUCAAUAUAA